GUGUACGGUAAUAAGACGUCAACGCUGUUCCUUCGGAGUUCAACACAAGCGUAUAGUGACAGCGGGAUUAAUCGACUCUUUCAUUACAAGGAUCAGUUUCACUUUAAGUUAUGACGAACCCUUACGCACACAUUAUUGAACCUCUGGACCCCCAGAAGCCUGACCACAAGUUUUUCAACCUUAAAAAGCUUGGAGACCCAAGAUAUGACCACCUUCCCUUCUCCAUCCGUGUGUUGCUGGAGUCUGCAGUGAGGAACUGUGAUCAAUUCCUGGUGAAGGAGGAGGAUGUGGAGAACAUUCUCAACUGGAAGGUGACACAGAAUCAGACCGUGGAGGUGCCAUUCAGACCAGCUCGUGUCAUCCUGCAAGACUUCACAGGGGUUCCUGCGGUGGUGGACUUUGCAGCGAUGCGUGAUGCAGUGAAGAAAUUACAGGGUGACCCAGAGAGGAUUAAUCCUGUUUGUCCAGCAGACCUUGUCAUAGAUCAUUCAAUUCAGGUUGAUUUCAACAGGAAGUCUGACAGCCUUCAUAAAAACCAAGAACUUGAAUUUGAAAGAAACCGAGAACGGUUUGAGUUCUUAAAGUGGGGUUCUAAAGCAUUCCAGAACAUGCGGAUCAUUCCACCGGGAUCAGGAAUAGUACAUCAGGUCAAUCUGGAAUACCUGGCCAGGGUUGUGUUUGAUCAGAAUGGUUACUAUUACCCAGACAGUCUGGUGGGCACAGACUCUCACACAACAAUGAUCGAUGGGUUGGGAGUGCUGGGCUGGGGUGUGGGAGGUAUUGAGGCAGAGGCCGUCAUGUUGGGUCAACCUAUCAGCAUGGUGCUGCCAGAGGUCAUUGGCUACAAAUUACAGGGGUCUCCCAACAAAUAUAUAACUUCUACUGACAUAGUGCUUACUGUCACCAAGCAUUUGCGGCAAGUCGGUGUGGUAGGGAAGUUUGUGGAGUUCUUCGGUCCAGGCGUUGCCCAGCUGUCAAUCGCAGAUCGUGCCACCAUUGCAAACAUGUGCCCCGAGUAUGGAGCUACUGCUGCCUUCUUCCCUGUAGACGAAAUCAGUGUUCAGUAUCUGAAGCAGACAGGGAGGGAUUCAGAGAAGCUGCAUUACAUUGCUCAAUAUCUGAAGGCAGUGGGUAUGUUCAGAGAAUACAGUAACACAGCACAAGAUCCACAUUUUACACAGGUUGUGGAGUUGGACCUCAGUACGGUUGUUCCGUGCUGCAGUGGUCCCAAACGUCCCCACGACAAAGUGGCCGUAUCAGACAUGAAGCAGGACUUUAUCACCUGUUUAGGGGCCAAGCAAGGCUUUAAAGGAUUCCAGGUGGCUCCGGAGCGACAUGAUGUUACCGUACCGUUCAAGUUCAACGAGGCUGAGUAUUCGCUCUCACACGGAUCUGUGGUCAUCGCAGCUAUCACAAGCUGCACCAACACCAGUAACCCCUCAGUGAUGUUGGGAGCAGGUCUUUUGGCAAAGAAAGCCGUUGAGUGUGGUCUUACAGUCAAGCCGUACAUAAAGACAAGUCUGUCUCCUGGUAGCGGUGUGGUCACCUACUACCUUAAAGAGAGCGGAGUUAUGGACUUCCUCAUUCGAUUAGGUUUUGAGGUUGUUGGUUAUGGCUGUAUGACCUGUAUUGGAAACAGUGGACCUCUUCCAGAGCCGGUUGUGGAGGCGAUAACUCAAGGUGAUUUAGUUGCGGCUGGUGUCCUCUCUGGAAACAGAAACUUCGAGGGCCGCGUCCAUCCCAACACACGCGCCAAUUACCUGACAUCUCCCCCGCUGGUCAUUGCCUAUGCUAUUGCCGGCACAGUGAGGAUAGAUUUAGAAAAGGAGCCUUUAGCGGUGAAUGCCGAUGGAAAGGAGAUUUUCCUAAGAGACAUCUGGCCCACACGGGAGGAAAUCCAGGAGGUGGAGAAACAGUUUGUCAUUCCUGCCAUGUUUAAGGAGGUCUAUGAGAAAGUGGAGAAAGUGAACGAACGCUGGAACUCCCUAAAAGCUCCUUUAGACAAGCUGUACACCUGGGAUCCUAAAUCCACCUACAUAAAGUCUCCACCUUUCUUUGAUGGGCUGACCCAGAAACUUGAACCUCCAAAGUCCAUAACAGAUGCAUAUGUGCUGCUCAAUUUGGGAGAUUCAGUAACCACAGACCACAUUUCACCUGCCGGAAACAUUGCACGCAACAGUCCUGCAGCACGCUACUUAAAUGACCGCGGACUCACUGCGAGAGAGUUUAACUCAUAUGGCUCUCGUCGAGGCAACGACGCAGUCAUGGCACGCGGCACAUUCGCCAACAUCCGCCUCUUUAACAAGUUCCUAAACAAGCAGGCACCCUGUACAAUCUACCUGCCUACAGGAGAAACGAUGGAUGUGUUCGAUGCAGCAGAAAAAUAUCAGCAGGCUGGACAUCCUCUUAUGGUCCUGGCAGGUAAAGAAUAUGGAUCCGGCAGCUCCAGGGAUUGGGCUGCUAAAGGACCUUUCCUGCUGGGCAUCAAAGCUGUCCUAGCUGAGAGUUAUGAGCGUAUUCACCGUAGUAAUCUGGUGGGCAUGGGCAUCAUUCCUCUGGAGUACCUGCCGGGCGACACAGCGGAAAGCCUCGGGCUCACUGGCCGUGAGCGAUACUCCGUGAUCAUUCCCUCUGAGAUUACUCCCAGAAUGACUGUCAAUAUUCAGCUCGACACAGGCAAAACAUUUCAGGCUAAGAUGAGGUUCGACACAGAUGUGGAGCUCACUUACUUCCAUCACGGUGGCAUCCUAAACUACAUGAUUCGCACAAUGUCUGCAAAUUAAAAUAAACUAUAUUAGUUCAGGAAGCGCACAUAUCCGCUGUCUGGGUACUUCAUUUGUACUGUCCAGUUUUUUUUUAAGAACUAACUUUGAUUUUGGUGUUAUCUACAGUGGCUGUAUUUCUUUAAUGAGAUUUUCUAGAUAUCUAAAAGCAUUAGAUAUUGGGAAUGAGAGACCUUCUUUGUUCUAACCCCUACCUCAGCACUACCAAACUGUCUGCAUCCAUUUUUUAAAUGACCUGUAGUUACAGUAUAUUAAUAUAGUAAUUAAACUGAUUCUUUAUGACUAUUAAUAUUACCUGUCUAAAAAAAUGGGGCUGCCAACCAUUCUGUGUGUCUUUUAUAAUAGUAUAAAUCUUGCAAAGUGAAAAAAAUCAGAUAUAAAGAUGUUUUAUGAUUCUGUUUCUUUUCUUUAAAAAUAGUUAAACAGUAGUUAUUACUUAAAAACUUCAUAUAGACUGAAAUGCUAGAAAUUUAUUACCCUUGAUGACUGACUCAGAGGAAUUAUCAAUUGUAAAAUAUGAACUUCAUUUUUUAAUUAAAAUACAGCAUACUGUAGAUCCUAUACAUUUGAAAGUGCCUACAUUUUCCUAUAGAUGCUGAAGAAAGUACAGGUACAGUACUGUGCAAAAGUCUUAGGCCACCAUGCCACAAUUCGAUUAGUUGUUUUUGCAAUUGUAUAGUGAUCAUAUAUAAUUAUUUCUCAGUCUCUUAAAUAGAAUACAUCCAGAAAAUACAGGAAAUGUGUGUAUAUAGUAUUAAAAACUGUAUAAAAAUGUAAACAGAUGUGUCAAGUUUUUAGUGUAAACUCCUCUUCCACUUGAGCAAUAGCAGGAAACUGCAGGAUCUCUUAAACCUAAAUCAAAUUAAAUCCUAAUUUCUAAUUUUAAAGAAAUUAGUGUUUUUACCUUAUUCUGCUCAAAAACACUCACAGACGAUGCCUAAAAAAGACAUUUAGUCCUGAAAUUUUUUGUACAUAUUUCCUUUAUUUUCUGUCUGUAUCUUAGUAAAAUAGAUUGAAAAAUAAAUAUCGAUGGACAUUAAAACUUCUAAAACAACAAGUCUGGUGGUGGUGGCCUACUUCUGCACAGUACUGUAUGUGCAAUUCUUUAUUUCUUGUGUGUUCAUAAAACAGUUGCAUUCCUGUGUAUUUUCUAGUAAAAGAAAGCUAAAUUUAUCCAAAGCUGAUUUCACACCUUAUCAGCCCGUCCUUUGUAAUUCUUGGAGUAAGGUGUGACUCUGUUGAAAUGAACACAGUGUGAGAUGUUGCUAUUUGCUGUAUCAAAUGCAUACGAGAAAAUUUCACAAAAUUGUAUUUUAAAUAAACCCAUUAUGAUUUCAUUAAA